UUCUGCAGUACGGUCAUACAGCAGGUCAAUUUGUUUAUAUUUUGGAAAAAAUAUGUUCAAAUGGCAAACCUACAGCUAACUCAGGAAAAACUAGACGCUUUGCGUUCAGAAUACAGACCACGCCGGCCUUGUGGCCAGUUAAAGUAUCCGCGGCCCAAGACAAAACCAGAAUAUCAGGAUAUAUAUCCAUGGCUCCUGCCGGACGAGACGGAUCCACACUUCGUGUUCUGCGCCGUCUGCGAGUGCAGACUGGCCUGCAAGCGAUCCGAUUUAGGCAAACAUGAGGGCAGCAUCAAACACUCGGAAAAUGCGCAGAGAAAAGCCAUGCAGUCCAAGGGGCAACCGGAGGAGGUGGAUGUACCAUUGGUCAUGAAGUGGGAGUAUAAUGAGGACGAGGAGGUAGUACUGGCCUAUGGACCAGGACCCCCGCUUCACAACAUUAACAUUACAAACAACAAUGACGGCGACGACGAUGACGAUGACGAGGAGGAGGAGGGCGGCGGCGAUGCAGACACCGACCCCGACUACGAGCCAGAUGCCGAUGAAGAGCGGGAUGCGGAGCUAGAGGAGCGCGAGCCGGCCAGCAAGCAACAGCGCCGCACCUCGUUGGCGGACUCGCAACAUUCCGGCAUGGACUAUCUGCCGCUGCAUGUGACCAUUAACGAGCUGCCUACCACUGCCCCGUCCGCCAGUUCUACCUUUCCGUCCUCGUCGACGCCGGCAGCUCCGCCCUGCAGAAUAACCAUAAAGAAGGUGUCAGCUCUCAACGCAUCCCCCAGUAUAGCAGUUAAAGGGCCAGAGAUAAAUUCGAAGGCCACCAUUACGCCCAUAGCAGCCGGUGGUCCUUGCUACACACCCUCUCCACGCACCACGCCCUCUUACGCUGCCCGCCAGUUGCAGUCAUUCCAGCUGCAACAGACGCCAGCCCGAGAUUCCCUGGAGCUCUUCUUUGACAGCAUCUGUGCCACUGUCAAGACUUUGCCGCCCAAGCUAGCCACCGAGGGUAAGAUCCGGGUGAUGCAGUUAGUCGGAGAGCUUGAGCUGCGCGCCCUUGGCGAACAGGAGGCUUCAUCCCUGCCCGCCGUUCAACAGGACCUCGAUCUCCCUGAAAACGCAGAAGCUGGGGCAGCAGAAGAAACGCCAGGCAGUGGUCAGCAGAAUGCGACUGUGGCCUCCACCACCUAAUAAGGUUAGCCGGAAUCGGAAGAGGUCUGAAGACGUGGCUUAUGUCGACAAAUUAGAAUGUUUCUAGUGCUUUCAUUUCUUACGUUUUUUAAAUCGAUUUUCUUAAAUAAAUGUAUUUAUUAGUGUUUAU